UUUCACGCGAUAAGCUUGACUGUGCUUAUGACGUAUUCGAGCCAAGUGAUGCGCACUUUCCGUAAGCAAAGGCGUACGACCGACCUGUCGUUUGAAAUGAGCCCCGAAAAUCACUGCUUGCUUGGAAAACACUACUACAACUCGCGACCUCACUGAAUAGCCUCGGCCCUUAUGGCGGACAGUGCAGACAAAUGACGAGCCAUGAGGAAUAUCUGGAUCGCUUUAUUACUAUCCGUUUUGUUCGGCACAAGGUCGAUUCUUGCAUUGCGAUUUAAUAGUCUCCUUGCCUAUGCUAUAUUUGACCGUUGGGAUGCGACAACCAACGGAACGCUCUUGUUUGAGUUCAAAACCCAAAAGGAAAAUGGUUUUCUUAUCUACGAGGACGACCCGUCUGGAAUGGACUUCAUUGAUAUUUUCCUUGUGGACGGCAAAGUACGAAUGCGGCUUCAUGUUGGACAAUGUGUGCUGAAAGAAGCCUUUGUGCAUGGAAAUUUCUCAGACAAUAAGUGGCACCGUGUGCAAGUGUUCAGGAACUUCCAAAACACCAUCUUAAAGGUGGAUCACCACUCUUCCAAAGCGAUUAGCUGCAAAGCAAAAGACUCAUCUUUCACAGUUACUAGUGCGUUGUACGUUGGAGGAUUUCCUCUAGACAUCUCGUUAAAUUCUCUGGCCUUUCCAGGAUCGUUUUAUGAGAUUUACAAUGGAAACAGGUUUGUUGGCUGCAUCAGCGGAGUCAAAUUCAGCGACGUUCUCGGUAGAUUCACUCCUGCUCAGCUCAAAAACACCUCGGGAACUACUCCUGACUGCAAGCGUGCAUGCACAAAACCCUACGAGUUUCUGACGAAUUGCAAGCAACAGAAAGGUUGUGCGAAAAAGAUUACUGAGUGUGACUGUCUGGAUACCGGCUACGAGGGUCAGGACUGCACGAGAGAGUCUUCGUCUGUAUGGCUCAACGGCUCGGGUUACAUUCGUUACAACGUUGCCAAGGAAACGAGGUCUAAGACCCCUCUGCGUAACUUCAUUGGCUUCCGGUUCCGGACGUCGUCCAAAGAGGGAGUACUGCUGUACACAAGCGUCGAACGUACGCACCUGGUGGUGGAAAUGAUUUCUGGAAAUGUGGUCCUGAAAAUGGAUCUAGGCAAAGGAGAACUUGUCUUGAGUGCUGGCGAUGGCUUGUUGAAUGACAACCGGUGGCACUGGGUCGAGAUCAAGAGGCGUGGACGCCAUGCGAAGUUGGUACUAGAUGGCCGUGAGGGGGGCAAAGGGCCCGCCCCUGGUACCUCUUCCAAUCUGAUAUUGAUAGGCGGCAAAGAGGCAGUUUACUUUGGUGGCGGUCCCAGCAAAGAUGACCUAGAAAAGUCGUACAGCAAAACUAACUUCAGUGGAUUCUUGCAGCAGUUCUUGUUUGAUGAUUACAAAGUGCUAGAUAAAGUUCUAAAGAAAAGAAAGCGAGAUGGGAAGUUUACUAAGCAUGGCAUUGUGGUUAACGCUAAAGUACGGACAACUAAAGCAGCCCCAACUACAAAGCCGGUACCCACGACACCCAUGGAGGGCUCUGGAAGUUGUGCAAAUAAAGAUGAUGAGGAUUGUGUUCCAAAGGAUUCAAUUAAACCUACAGAAACUACAGAUAACUCUUCCAUGGAAUGGAUAAACACCACCGAUUCUGUGUUCCACUUCUACACAGAAUCAAAACAGAGCAGCGACAAGAGUAUGGGAGUCCCGGCCUGGAUAAUUACAAUAGCUGUUGUCGCUGCAGUCAUUUCAAUCUUCAUCACAAUAUUUUUAGUCUAUAGAUGGAACACUAGAUACAGUGGUUCUUUUAGUACUGCCUCAGCUGUACCUAAACCAGAGCAGUCUGCACCUUCACCUCCUACAAGAUCCUGGCCUGAGCCACCUGUGAGGAUUCCAGUUGUACAUACAACUAUCCCAACUCGGUCAGAACAUCCAAAGAUCUACAUUUCAUCUUAUGACAAAGUAUGAACAUAGAGAACAGCAAUAAAGAGAAGAUAGGAGUGACAAUGGCAAUGUGACAGAUAAAAAUGGUGAUUCUGUGGGUGCCAAAAGACUCAAAUACCAUACAAAGUUUAGGUAAAAUAUUCAACAUCCAAGAAUAACAAGUGAAGAGACUUUGACACUAUGGAUUGGUGACAGAAGAAUGUUAUGAAGGUGUAAAUUAGUGGAGUGCCAAAAGGAUGAAACACAGAUCACAGUUUUCGAUGUGAAAAAUAUCAAACAUCCAAAACUAGCACUGACAGGAGUCAGGUAUACUGAGGACAAAAGCAGGUGAUAAAAACAAUGCUAUAAUGCCUGCCUAUCAUCAAAGAAAAACAAAACAGCCCCUGUAAAAGCUGUACUUCUUGAAACAAAAGACAGACAAAGAAGAGAACACUAGACUUCAAGAAUAUAACUGGAAAAAAAAGGGAAAUGGAAAAUUCUCAAACAGCAGAACUAUGCACUGUAUGAACUUUAGAAUUGAAUAAAAGAGAAAAUAGAAACUAACAACAGAACUAGGACGCGUUUUAGCAUCUUAAAUAAAACAUAGAUCACACAGUAGAUUGUACAUAUAGAUAGAAAGUAUUCUUUAUGGGUGGUGUUAUAAUUAUUUAUACAAACUUACUCUUGUCUUGGCAAAAUAGAAAUAAAUCUCAAAGAGCACAUGUUACUCAAAUUUGGCAAAAGUCUGAUUCAGUAUUCACCAAGCAAUUACUCAGUAUAAUUAACAUUAUGCAGUUAACUAAAGGAGUUAUAUAUAAUGACCAUACCAUACUUUUACCAUAUUUUAGUUGUUCAAAAGUAAAUGAAAAUUCUGAGUAGUAUGCCUAGUAUUCUUUCUCAAAGAAUCUUGAAUCAUAUCUUAGGCCACUUAGGAGAUGCAGGGCAUGCAGGUCUUAGUUUGGGAUCUUCAAAUACUCAAUCCCAAACCAAACAACAAGUAUACAUUUAGAUAUUGAAAAAUAUUGUGUUGACAAUUCACUACCCAAAGAUAAAUUUUACAUGAAAAUAGUUUCAGUAAGCUAUACAGUACAUGGCUGUCAAGUGAAAACAACAUAAGAUAUAGUGCUUGCUGUAAUGAAUACCUUUUUUAUUGCUCUAUGUUUAAAUUAAAAGUUCAGAAAAUGUCUAA